CUUGCUUCCGUCACAAUCCGCCUCGUGACCUUUCACCCGGCGCUCGGCACGUGCAGAAGCGUGGGGCGCGUGCGCACGCGGGGCUGCCGCGGAGCGGCACUGAGGCAGGAAGGAAAUCAGAAGCGAGGCCCGGGGAUCGCUGGGUAACGUCCGGUGGCUGAGGCCGGCUUGCCGAGUCCGUAGCCGUCCUGCCCUGCUUUGCCCCGUCACGGGCAUCUCGGGCGAACAUGGCGGUGCUGGCGCGGCUCCUGCCGGGACUUCUCCUCAUAGCACAGGUGACCUGUGAGUAUGGAAUGGUCCAUGUGAUUGCUGAACCAGGAAUUGGCAAAGAAAAAGACUACUGUAUCCUGUAUAAUUCCCAGUGGGCCCACUUGCCACCUGGCCUUGGCAAAGCAUCUUUGUUACAGCUUCAAAAUCAAACAUCAUCUGUCUUAUGUUCUCAAUCUGAUGUUCCCCAUGGGGGAUUUAACAACCGAAUACCUAUGGUGUUGCGUGGAAACUGCACCUUCUAUGAGAAAGUGAAACUGGCCCAGAUGAAUGGAGCACGAGGCCUGCUAGUAGUUAGCAAAGAAAAACUGGUACCUCCAGGAGGCAACAAGACUCAGUAUGAUGAGAUUGGUAUUCCUGUGGCCCUCCUCAGCUAUAGAGAUAUGCUUGACAUUUGCAAGACUUUUGGUCAUUCAGUGAGAGUGGCAAUGUACGCCCCUAAGGAGCCUGUCCUUGAUUACAACAUGGUCAUCAUCUUCAUCAUGGCUGUGGGGACAGUUGCAGUUGGAGGCUACUGGGCAGGAAGCCAGGAUGUGAAGAAGAGGUCAAUGAAACACAAGCGUGAUGAUGGAGCAGAAAAACACGACGAUGAGACAGUGGAUGUAACUCCCAUAAUGAUUGGGGUGUUUGUGGUGAUGUGCUGUUCCAUGUUGGUCUUAUUGUAUUACUUCUAUGAUCACCUUGUAUAUGUGAUAAUAACUGUAUUCUGCUUGGCAUCAUCCACUAGCCUUUAUAGCUGUCUUUCUCCAUGUAUAAAAAGACUCCCAUUUGGAAAAUGCAGGGUUCCAGAUAAUAAUUUACCUUACUUUCACAAGCGCCCACGAGUUCGGAUGUUGCUCUUGGCAGUGUUUUGCAUCACAGUCAGUAUAAUUUGGGGAAUUUUCCGAAAUGAAGAUCAGUGGGCCUGGGUCCUUCAGGAUGCUUUGGGAAUUGCCUUUUGCCUUUACAUGUUAAAAACCAUUCGCCUGCCAACUUUCAAGGCUUGUACUUUGCUUCUGUUAGUACUUUUCAUCUAUGAUGUAUUUUUUGUAUUCAUCACACCCUUUCUGACAAAGAGUGGGAACAGCAUAAUGGUGGAAGUGGCUGCUGGCCCUUCGGAUUCUACGACUCAUGAAAAGCUCCCCAUGGUGCUGAAGGUCCCAAGAUUAAACUCUUCACCAUUAGCACUCUGUGACAGGCCAUUUUCUCUAUUAGGCUUUGGAGAUAUCUUAGUGCCAGGAUUAUUAGUAGCAUAUUGUCACAGAUUUGACAUCCAGGUGCAAUCCUCUAGAAUCUACUUUGUAGCCUGUACCAUAGCCUAUGGCAUUGGCCUUCUGAUCACCUUUGUGGCUUUGGCAUGGAUGCAGAGGGGCCAGCCAGCUCUCCUCUACCUAGUGCCCUGUACUGUGAUCACAAGCUUUGUGAUAGCUUUAUGGCGCAAGGAGCUGAGAAUGUUCUGGACAGGCAGCGGAUUUGCGGUGAAUACCAGUUUGAUAUGACUGUCUUCAAGAAAUACUAAUAUUAGAAAUCCUAACUAAAGUUAAAGUUUUUUGGGGAAGAUAACUUGAAUUUCAAAACUGAAUUAAAAGGGCCUCCUCAAAGCCUUUCCCUCUGAUAGAAGUUUCUGAUUGGUGUGCUUCUCAUCCAGCUGUUGAUCUGACAUUAAAAGAAUGAUUUGUUUGAGUUAAGGUUGAGUAUAGGAGAAGGCAGCAUGACAAUAUAUGAGCAGGUGAGGCAAGUUAAGCUUUCACAAAGGGGAAAAAGGAAUCCUGGAUCCCCUUGACAAAAGGAAGGACUCCUUUUGCAAUGUUUACAGCAAAACUCUUUAAGCUAAAGAGGCACAGAUGUUGUAAGGCAUCUGCAGCUCUUUUUAGAGUGGCACUUUGGACAGCUAUUUUCUUUCUCAGCCUGAACACCAUGAAGGAUUUGGGCAUUUAACAUUCCCUUUGAUUCAAGAAGUCUUGCUGUAUUUUUUUUUUUUUUUUUUUUUUCAAUAAUUGAAGCUGUCCAGGAGGUGGGGAGGUAACAAAUCUUCAUCAAUAGAGGUUUGUAAGCACAGGUUUUUUGGGAUGAUGUAGGGACAUUCCAUUCAGCUGCAGGUUGCACUGGGUCAAUUCUGACUUUGAUAUUGUGUGAUUAUGGGUCAUUGAAUGCAUCUUAAAAGGAACCACAGUUCCUGUGGGUUCAAGUACCUAUAAUUGUAAAACAUUUUCAAUGGCUCAAAUUUAUUUUAAUCUGAAAUCAGCUACAUAAUAUUAUUUCUUUUCCAAACUUUUUGGGAAAAGAGUUUGAGCUUGACUUGCCUUACCUUCUUUAUCACCAUUUCUAUUUCUGUCAGGUGCCUGUCAUCCAGCAGCCAUCAAUGUUGUUUCCUGAGGUGUAGAGUCUCCUCUAGUUUAGCCUUUUUUUCAGGUCUAUAUAAUGUCAGGGGUCUCGUUAGAUAUAUUUACAUUGCCUUACCUAUGACUUUUCUUUUGUAGAAGGACCUGUCUCAGCCUUCCUGGGUGAUGGCUUCAUCUGAAUGUCCCCAACCCCUAAAAGAUUCAAAUGCUUCCCCUUCUCAACAGGAGCCAAACAAAGAAUUGAUCAACCCCACUCUCCAAGCCGACCAACUCUCUGAUACACCCACAUCCUUGGAGAAAACAGCAAGUGCCAGUGGACCUCUGAGCUCUGCCCCUCAUGUUUCAGAACCAGCCGAUCAAGACAAGGACCAGCCUGGUCAAGAGAUUGGAGAGGCCCAUCAGACUAGAUGAGGAGAAUGGCAAUAGGAAUCAUGACACCUGCUUCAUGGCCCCGAGUGUCCAUGGACUGGUUCUAACUUUCACUAAAGAGCCCCACGCAUCAUUCCUCCUACAGUUGCUGAUACUUGUUAGGUUCCCCCUCUCCCUCUUUCUGAAAUAUGGUGCUUUCAUUCCCUUCUGAUGCCCAUUUCAGGGAGAACUUGAAAUAGGUUUCUCUUCCUCCAUUCCUGCUUUCCUUUUUAUGCCCUCCUUGUAUUACGGGAUUUUAUUUAUGCAUUGCCCUGUGCUUGCGUGAUUGCUGUGUUUCUCUAGGCUAACUGAGAAUGUUAAUCUUGACAGGGAAGCACUGGACAGUUUAGCUAACAUAAAAAGCUAGGAGAAGUCAUUGUUAGUAUUUCUCUUAGCCAGCAGUUAACAUUUGGUUUUUCUCUUUAUGAUAUAUUAAUUACAAAUGAUUGAUUUAAUGUAAUCAGAUAUUUAAGAAGCAAGAAAUAGUCCAUCAUUUCAUCUCCUUUUGAAAGAUAGGCAUUUCUAUUCUGGUGCAUGGAGUGCAUCAUGAUUCUCUAGGGUUUUUUCCCCCCAUGUUUAAAAGAUAGUCUGGUCAAAGAUUCCAAAAAGUAGAAGGCUUUUCUAGGUAAACAUUCACUGAGUAGACUACCUCUUGUCCACCAUAGUAUGUUAAAUUCUUUAUUACUCAGGAGAUGUAAAAACAAGAUUACCAUAUGCUAGUGUCCAGGUUAUUAGGAAAAGGACUAUGAAGUGAUAAGGAGAGAAUGGUGUAAGAAUUUGAAGAAGCUGGUUAUUAGAGGAAAUGAAAUAGACCCUAAAGUCUGUGUGGUUCUUGUGUUAAAGAAGGUUUUGCUAUGUUUCUUUGAUUGUGUCUUAUGAGCUUGGAUGGAAGAGUAAGUGUGAGAGCAUGUUCAGAAACCUGGAUAUUUAGUCCAAACUUUUAAAUAUGUCUUGUCGAUUUUCCUAAAAAAUAAUUGGCUACCUCUCCACCCCCACCCCAACUGUUGAGAUCCAGAGUCUUGUAGGCAAUGUUCCAUAUUUUUCUAAGUCACUCAGGCUUCAUUCAUUAGAACUAAAUCAGUAUUGCCUCUGCAGAUUUGGCACCUCUAUGGGACUUUUUGAAAACUUAAAGAUGAGGGGAAACUAUAAUCUCACUUUAUAUGAAAUAAAAUAUGGCUUUUGGAUUUCUAGUACAUUUUUUAGGCUAAGUUCUAGGGAUUAGCAUGGAGUCCCCUAACUCAUUAAACUUCAAUUCAGGUUAUCUUUUUCUACCACUGGAAAAUUACUGAGAUUGUAGAUCUAUGGUUCUCUUUUGCCCUCCCCAUUGUCCUUGAAAGAGGAUUUGGGUGAGGAGGACAUUUCUCUUUGCUAUCAUUUCCUUUAUACAUGGCAACACUGGCUACAGCUGUUGCUGAGCAAACCAGUGUGAUAGGUAAAUUUCUUCAGCCUCUUUGGCAGAUUCAGCAUCUCAGCUUUUGUUUACGUUUUUAAGUAUAAGAUCCAUUUUGUUUUGAAUGCAGAAACAAGGGGCUUUAACUUUAAUUUCUAAGACUCAAGUAUUCCUGUUUUUUAACACUAUACAUUCCAGUCCAUAAAAACAACUUAAGUCCUGCACCUUGCAGUAGUAAGGAAUGCAUUUAAAAAUCUAGCUGAGGAACUUUUGCAAUAUAUGGGAAUAUUCUGGAAUGGCAUUCUUUCUUCUACCUCACUGAUAGGAUUCUCACAACACCUUUAGAGAGACAUUAUUUAGAGCUUAUGGCAUUUGGCAUGUGUGCACACGCACAUGUGUAUACACACACACACACACACAAACCAGAAAGGUCUAACUGCCAAAUGGCACUGGCAGAGAGGCACUGGUGACUGGUUCCGUUACAACAUGGCCACUGUGGCUGAAGGGCAAGGUUGCCCAUCUUAUUCCAUACCUAUCCUUUUCACCCUUUUUUCCCCUAAAACAACUAGAAUGUUGUCUCUUACAUAAUGAAAAGGGUCUUGGUGUGGAAGAAUGAACAGUUCCUAUUCCUGUCUUGCUAGACCACGGGAAGCCCUGAUUUCAUCCUCUUCAUCCUAAGUUACAGUAAGGUAGCUGAAAGCCCCAAGCACUAUGGCAGAGCCCAGAGGGCUCUUCAGGGAGAUUGGAUCCCUUCAGAUGCUCCCUUGUUAAAGCAGGGUUCUGCUUCUGGAUCCACCACCUUCCCUGAAGCUUCAAGUGGUUCCCUCAGCUGUGCUUGGGCUCAGAAAGUGGAGCUAGAAUCUCUUUGUACAUCAGGGUUUGGAGUUCUCCCCAGUCCAAAUGCCCAAUCAGAUGUCACUUAGGGCUCUUUUGGCAGCCUUACACUUGACUACUCUUGUAAUCUUGUCUUUAGCCCUCCAGGCAGCCUUUUCAAAUUUGAGCCAGCCUUUUCAAAUUUGAGCUUUGAAAAACUUUCCAGUUAAUGGAUAAUGAAUGACAGGCACUUAUUUUUCAUUCAACUAGUCUUAAGGCGAGGACUUUUCAAUAUUAUACUUACUACUUAGGGUUCUGCCUUUCAGGUGUACUUCCUCAUUGUCUCAUUCAUGCCUGACCUUCCCAGAAUAUCAGAGGCUUUGGGUAAAAUCAUAACCUUCUGAAAAAAUACCAGCAUUGAGGAUUUAUGAACAGUCUUAGUCAGCCAUUAGUUCUCUGGGGAGGAGGGAUGGAUUUUCUAGCUAAAGGAAGCAAAAAAUCUCCAAAGUCCUUCAACCUGUUUGUGUAUUUCUCUUGGGUUAAAACGAACUGAUAACAACCUGGGAACAAUACCAAAUGGACCUUUUCCUCCUUAUGUUCCUGUCCUUUUGUGAGCAUGUUGCCAUGGGAUAACAUGAUGCAAGUGAGCUCUUGUGCCAGGAAGAUACCUGAGUUGGAACCUGCUUCAGCCAAUUGGACUAUGCCUUAAUUUAAGCCAUUUUAUACUUGUGUAUGGUAAAUGUGGGUUUGAUUGUUUUGGGUUUGUUUUUUUUUUUUUUUUUAAUAGAAAAAUGUUAAGGAAUUCUAAGGCAGAUGUUCCUAAAGUUUGAGUUUCAUAUUUUUUGCCUUGCUUCUGUUUAACCUUAUCAUUAAACAUAGAUUUUGAUAUUUAAAA